AAAUGGGUUGACUUGGACAAAAAGGUCACGAAUGCUUAUAACGAGGCGAAAGAAAAUGUCAAAUUCCUUUCAACGGUGGAGAAGCUGUGUGUACCACUUAACCACACAAAUCUAAAACUGAUGAUCAAGAAAAUGCCAAAUUUACUCAAGGCCCUGGGGCUUAUAUACCAGCAUUCCACAUUCUACAACACUUUUUCCAAUAUGACAGUUUUGUUUGUAAAG